AUGCCCAGACCGCCCUCAUCUCCGUCCCCACCGCCCGCGGCAUUCCCCUUCACGACCGGCGGCUUUGACUUUCCUCAUGCUUCGACGUCGCCUCCGAAUCUCUCCCGUACGGCGUCUACCAGCGCCUCACGGAAUGCGCUGCGCUCCCUAGCCGAACCGACGCCACCCGUUUACGAUGCGACGUCGUCGCCCAGAGACACCGCCAGGCGCGUGCGCACUCGCACAUCUAACAGAAGAGGCCCACUGCACCGCCUGUUCGGCCCCCCACGUGACAGCGAUGCCGCAGAUAAUCUCUCCAGGCGGCCAUCCACCGCGAACCCCAACCGACCUCGUGCUACACCAAGCGAACGUUACCUCCGCCGCUCACAGGCCCGCACAAGAGAACAACGCUUAGCCGACAUGGACGCUACCAACGACGUCCUGGACUCGUUGAAUGACCUACCAAUCAGCAACCCCUUUACCAUGUCAAAUACGCAAACCCGGCCUCGUAGCCCCAUCGUACAAGUCAACAGCGAGCGCAGACACAAGCGACGGAAGCUGGAACAUGACACUGGUGCGGCUAAUGAGUACAUGUGCUUCAAGUACGGUCACAAGGGUCAGGUCGUCCGUGGACGUCUGCGAAUGGAAAUUGUGAGCUGCGACGGCGGUGAGCAUCGCAGGGACAGCCCGCCUGGGUUGUAUAGGGUACAAAACGUGUUGAGGAACGACAAAAGUGUAUACUGCAGUGAGAGCUCCCAGUGCAAUCUUCUACUGAAGCAUAUCGGGGAAGCCCCCUUCGCCUUGGAGAAGAUUGUCAUUCGAGCACCGGACCGUGGAUUUACGGCUCCUGUUCAAGAAGGUCUUGUAUUUGUAUCCAUGUCUGAAGAUGAACUCCUAUCUGGCACCUCCGCCUAUAACCUCCACUACGACACAAGCUCGCCGCUCAUGUCUCCUACACCUAGCUCUCCGAUCGAGGCCAACGAACAGAUAUCGUUGAGAGAGGCUCUCGAAGAUCCUUCAGUGUGGCAGUACUCGCGCCAGGGCACUCAAGAGGAGAUGGAGGAGCGUAUUGAGAACCUUCGGCUUCGCAGUCAGAGACUCAAUGCUGAAUCUGAGAACUGGAUAUCGUCUUUGCGUUCCGAUUCUGAACGUCGACGCAUCAUGCGCCAGAUGGUAGAGCAUGAAGACGAGGCAGACGGUGACAACUGUGAUCAUGCAGCAGACUACUCGUACAGCGGCCCCACUGGCAUUUCCGCACCCACUCCACCACCGUUUACCGUUACUACUGCUGCUAGCGAUGAAGAAUCCGACUCAAAUGAAGAGCUACCUAGUGCUGCUAUAAUGGCUGACCGCAUUCGAAGAGAAAGCCGCUGGCGCCCAGAUAGUGACGACGAUGAUGAUGAAAUUGUUCCACGCCUCGGUCCUUUGCGUCGUGCACCUGCUCUCGACCACAGCACAUACAGCGAAUGGCGGGAGCGAAGGGAGCGCUAUCUAGAGCCUAUUCGAGCGUCUCGUGUAACUACACCCAGCCGCAUCGAGCCCUCUGAGCCUGUAAUAGACGCCGAAUCACUUAUCCGUCCACGUUAUCGAUUUUUCAUUGGAAAGAACGAGAAUAAGAUCACGAUCAAAUUCCACCCUGCAAUUUCUGGAAGAUAUGUCCUGCUCAAGUUCUGGAGCCCGAAACACGACGGCAAUAUCGACAUUGAGAGCGUCCAGUUCCAUGGAUACUCUGGCCCUCGCUACUUUCCGGCCGUGCAGCCUCGGUAA